AUGCAAAAUCCAUCGUCUUAUCGCAUCAUUCAGCUGUGUAUACAACCGAUUGCAUAUGCAUUGAUUCCUCCAACUCUCUCUCUCUCUCUCUUUAUAACACUCAUACCAACACUACAGUCUAGCAAACUGUACUCUCAACUACCAGCGCAACAUCAACUCGCGCAAAUGUUGAUUAUCAUGCCCUUGACCUCACUGGUCGAAAUCUACACACAUGUGGUUGUCAACAUACCUUCGCGGCCAAUCACACGUACGCGAGCUCUUCUGUUCACCCAUUUCAUUUCCUCCCCUAUUAAUAUGUGAUAUAUUCAGUUGGCCAAAGCACGCCGUCAACGGGGCGGGCCGCUUGUCCAAAUCACACACUGUAACAACGACAUGGGCAUCUUGGUAGUUACUCAUCUUUACUAUAUAUUCUUGCAAGGAGUUUAUCGAGAAAUUCAAUUCGCUCCGUGCUUGUACAGUGGCAGUAGAAAGGUUGUUCGAUACAUAAAACAUCGAGAGCAAAAUGGCGCAUCUACGUUGGUAACCGCAUGUCAAAACCCGUCGCAACCCUCGCCGACUCGCUCCCCAAAAUUUGCAACGCCGCUUUUGAACACGAGUUUCGCGUUCAAAGUUGAUCAACCCUCGAUACUUCGAAUUUGUUUCGUUGUUGGAUUCCC